UCAAAAUGGAGUGGACUAGAGGCCACGUCAUCGGCCAAGGCUCCUCUGCCACCGUCUUCCUCGCCACCGCCUCUCCCGGCGGCGAUAUCUUCGCCGUCAAAUCCGCCGAGGUUUCUCUCUCGCAAUCUCUACAGAGAGAGCAAUGCUUCCUUUCUUCUUUAGCCUCUCCGUAUGUGGUUUUUAGUAGAGGCUGCGAUGUCCGUACAGAACAGAGUGGCAUCGUGAUGUUCAAUUUGUUCAUGGAGUAUUUACCCAACGGCUCACUCGCCGACGCGAUUCGCCGCCGUGGAGGGCGGCUGGACGAGGCGGCGAUCGGAAAUUACACGCGGGACUUACUACAGGGAUUACAGUACAUUCAUUCAAAAGGCUUAGUACAUUGCGACAUUAAAGCCCGAAACGUUUUGAUUGGCCGAGACGGUAAGGCGAAACUGGCGGAUUUCGGAUGCGCCAAGUGGGCGACCCAGACGGAAGUAAUCGGCGGGACGCCCCUGUUUAUGGCGCCUGAAGUGGCUCGUGGUGAGCACCAAGGACUCGCCUCCGACAUUUGGUCAAUUGGGUGUACAAUCAUUGAAAUGGCCACCGGCGGCGGCUCGCCAUGGCUGAACACAACCGACAACGACCCAAUUUCCGCCCUGUAUCGAAUUGGGUAUUCCGGCCAGUCGCCGGAAAUUCCAUCUUUUUUAUCCCAGAAAGCGAAGGAUUUUUUAGAGAAGUGUUUUAGGAGAAACCCAAAAGAGAGAUGGACGGCGAUUCAGCUUCUAAAUCACCCAUUUUUAAGGGAAGUGAAUUCCAUUUCCACCGGAAAGAAAAUCCGGGAAGUUGAUUCAGAUUCUCCGACGAGUGUUGUAGAACAGGGGAUUUGGAGAUCAAUUGAAGAAUCCAGAUUUUUCCGACCCAGUUGGUCGCCGACAGAGCAGAUCCGACGGCUGGCAAUGGAUUCAGGGGAGGCGAGAUGGACAGAGGAUGAGAAUUGGACGACGAUCCGAAGCGAAGAAGUGGGUGAGGAAGAGAGAGGCGGUGGCGGCAAAGGGUGGUUGGCAAUGGCAAUGGAAUUCAUAGAUAAGAAGAAUGUUAGGUGUAGAAUUAGUAGAAAUGAUUUGGCGGACAAUAGUUGUACGAACAUCAUUAGUGUUGUUCAUAAUAAUAUUAAUCAUCUCUGUUUUCUUACCCAUAAACAUAAAUUUGUUCCUUUAAUCCCAAGUUUAUUAUGA